CCUUGGUGUUCUUAUACGUAUCCUCGGCGGCGCGAUCGGGUGUACCGCAGCAGCUCAGCCCAGCUUUCUGCCGCGACCAUCCCCCUCCUCUGUCGCAGCCCGACGCUCGUCAUAUCGUCGACAUGGCAAAAGGUGGCCCCAAGGAUCCCGCAGCACGGAAUCGUGAUAAAAAGCCUGAGAGGGGAGAGCCAUCCCCCCCGGCGCAACCCUGCACUCCAGAGCCAGCCUCUCCUCUGCCACUGCUAGCAGCGGAGUCCAAACCAGCAGCAAGUCGAACUAGCGGCGAGACCCCAUCCGAGCUACCCAACGCGCCCGAGGCGCAGCAGGCACCCCCUCAGACGUCAGUGCCCACACCCACAGUGAAGAACACUACGUUUGCCUAUGAGCUGCCUCCGAGCAUUGCGACCCUGGAAGAGGUCGGACAGUACGCUCUCAACGCCAGCAUAUCCUCCGGGAGAUUUGAGGAUCUCAGAGUUCUCGCCUUUUCGAGGCGCAUUCCGCCCGACCGCGUCGGUAUACCGCGAGCGCUAUACGCCAACAGCAAGCUCAUAACGCGAGCCCUGCCCGGCCUCUUCAAGGACGAACGGCUGGACGAGGUUUCCGACGCGGGAUUAGCCUUCUGCGAGGGCAUCUCUGUCUCGACCGGAUAUUACGGCUAUAGCGACGACAGCGACGUGGAGGAAGAUCAGGAAGAGGAACCCGAGGAGGACGAAUGGAAGAACAUACCUGUAUCUGAUCAGGAGAAACACCCCUUUGAGCGGAGCCCUCCAAGCGAGAACGUGCCAAUCGCACCUCAACCGACCCAGGCUGCGCAUGCCGCAGACGAGGAGACGCCGCCACCUAGCAAUAUUGUUGGCUCACCAGAGCCCGGAGGUGCUGCGGGUGCCCCAGGCCCGGUGGGAACCGACGGUGUCUUGCCCCCAAUCUCAAGUACUGCCACCACAGAGUCAGGAAGUCGGCCAGGUCCCGAGAUGGCUCAAGAACAGCCCAUACUCGACCCAUCUGCCAGUAGUGCCCGCGCCGGUGAGACGCUGUUCAUCCGUCCAGGAUCGGAAGGGCUCCGUACAAUCUUUGCGGCAGACACGGCCUAUCGCACAUGGCGUGCAGUCGUGUUCUAUGCAUACACACGGCGAAUUGCGUUCGCCCCUUUGCGAUCGCAGGGACUCCCUUUCGUCUCCACAGACGACGAAGACGACCCUGCUCAGCUUAUCAUAUGCUCUCCGAAGUCGAUGUAUCGGCUUGCGGCAAAGUACGGGAAUGCAGAACUCGAACAGCUCGCCGGGAACGACAUCGCAUCGAAGCUCUCGACGCUAAAUGCGCUUCCCGAGCUGUUCUCGCACUUUACCUCUAGGUAUCCGCAGGUCCAGGACAUGGAACUCAACUUUGUCGUCGCGCACCUCACGCAUCCGGACAUCGCUGCCCAGCUGCCGACCUGGAUCGACCGUUUCGCACGUGGGGAGCUCAAGGAAUGCGCUAACACUUUUGGACGGCUCAUUCACAAGCUCGCGUGCGCGGCGACUGUCACUGUGGGGCCGGCCGGGGUGAAUGGGUGUCCUCGGGGAUGCGCGAUGUCGCCCAUCCAACACAGGUGCACUAUGUGCGGACUUACGUUCAACUGAGUUUGGGGAGAUGGAUAUCGGCGCUUUGCGGCGCAUGACAGAUUUGGAUCGGGGGUUGAGUGUAUGCGUAUCUGAACGAGGAUGUCUUACUAGACAAUAUUUGC